CUGUAGACCGAUGGCUUAACCACUGCGUCACCGAGGCGCUCGCAAAAACUAAAUAAAUAAAGGGAGAUAAUUUCGCCGGAAGUAACUGGCGGGGUUUACAAAUGGCGUCGAAGUAGAAUUUGGAAACACCUUUGGUGAUUAGCUUAAUUAUGAAGUGUAUUUGACGAGCCAACUAUCCAUAUUAAUUAUGGACAGGACCCCCAAAUCUCUUCAGCAGAUGAAGGUUGAUUUCAGCCAGUUUCUGUCAUCUGCCAGCAAGACGUCGGACAACAAGCCAGUGUUUCGACUGGAUCACAGCAUUCUAGACGCACAGACAACACAGUCUCUGUCCAUGAGAAGUUUGUUAGAGCAUGAAAAAGCCAAUAAGCAGAAGGAAGCUGACCUGAUAGCUGCCAAGGCACAGAUUGCUCAGCUGGAAACACAGAUUGGUAGUCUGAAGACGUCCUUCAAGCGAGCUAGAAUAGAAUUCGAAACUGACGUUGAGAGUAUUACACACGAGAAAGAGAGAGAGCAUGAAGAAAUCUUGAAUCUGAAAUCUCAGCUCUCAUAUCUCGCCCAGCGUGAACAUCAACUUCACGAGGAACUAGCCGACUGCCAGAAAGACCUUGUUCAGCAGAAAACACAGUACGAGGACAAGCUUCUCGCAAAGCAGAAAGAAUACCUACAGCUUGAAAACAAACUACAUGAGGCACAGGAAGAAGCUUGGGAGCAGUCAUCAGCACUGAAGAAUGAAUUGCUGCAAACUAAAACGGAGAUGUGCAAGAUUAGCAGCGAACUUGACGAAGCAAAAGCACAACUUAAACUGCAACUAGGCAGGUCCGUGGAUCUAAAUUCUUCACUGAAAGAACUUGAAGAUCAUCGGCACCGAGCAACUGUUGCAGAGCAAAGAGUUCGAGAUUUAGAAAGUGAGCUAGCUCGCAAUGAAGAGAACAUCACCAUCACCAAAAGUAUGAAGUCUUUGUUAGAUAAAGUACCAGACUUGGAGAGAGAGAUUCGCAAACUCCGGGAGGACAACAAAUAUUACAAAGAGCGUGAGAAGAACGUCAUGCUGUUGGAGGAGCAAGUGACUAGCCUGGAGGAGAAACUUGAGAGGGCAAACCGGCGGAUGGCCGACUUCACUGAGAUGCAAUUAGAAAAUGAGGAUUUAAAAGGAAGACUUCAAAGAUGGGAGGCAUUAGAUACUAGUGGAUCUAGAAGACCAAGGUCACCAUGUGAACUAUCAAGACUUGUAGCCGAGCAUCAGAGGAAGGAACUACUGUUGCUGGAACAACAAGGACAGCUACAAACAAGGUUAAAUGUUGCUGCAAUGGAAAAGGACACAUUAAAGAAGAAAUACGAAGUUUUGAGUUCUCAACAUCAUGAGCAAACCGUCCAACUACAACAACAAGCAGAUUUGAUCAAACGCCUUCAACGGAAACUUCUGCUGGUCACCAAGGAGAGGGAAGGUCUUAAGAAAGUGCUUGAUUCCUACGAAAGUGAAGUGACGAUGAACGUGGCACAGGCCACAGCUAGUCGCAUCGAGCAUCUCGGGGAGUUGGUUGAAGGUUAUCGGAAACAAGCUGGGGACCUGGAGGCAGAGCUGAGCAAACACUCGGAACAAAUGUCAAAAACACAGUCCCAAUGCAUGCAGUUGCAAAGCAAGUCUCUCGGAGGUGAAGACUCUCAACAGCAGAUCCGAUCUCAGCAGGACAAGAUCAGAGAACUCCAGGAAAAGGUUAUAAUUUUAGAGCAGGCACUUGAGAAAAAGGAGCAAGAGAAAGAUAUUCUUGAAGCACGUAUAGAGCAACGUCAUCUACAGGGCGACUAUGACCCAACGCGCACCAAGGUUGUACAUUUCUCCAUGAACCCCGCCCAGCUGGCGCAGGAUCAGAGAAGCCUUGACCGUGAGAAGUUGCAGGAGGAGAACGAAAAGCUGAAACAGAGGCUGAAGCUGUUGGAGGAGGGUGGGGGGUGGGUGGAGGAUCUCACGAUCAGAGUCGACGAGAAACUGCAGGAGCCAGACUCCAGCAAGCAGAUAGAAGAAGUGAGAUCCCAGCUGUCCAAGGAGCAGCUUAAGAACAAACGGCUGAUGGAGGCAUUCAAAAAGACGAGUCAUGAAUUUCGAGACGUGUGUUACCAGCUGACUGGCUACAAGAUUGACCUCCCUUCUUCCAACCAGUACCGCCUCACAAGCAUGUUUGCUGAGUCACCGAAGGACUACCUUCUGUUUCAGCAAAGUCCAAGAGGAGAAAUUCAGAUGUUGCAGACCGAUUUUUCAGAGACUGUUAAAGAUCUGAUAGAACUCUAUUUGUCCAAACAGGACUGUAUUCCAGGAUUUCUCAGCAGUGUAACACUCGAUCUGUUUGGCAGACAGACUAUGAAUUUGGGAUGAGUCGGUAUUUUUACAAAGAUGCGUUGGCAUUUGGAAUAUUCUUGUACAUCUCCAUCAUGGAAAUGUUGUUAUGCUUUUUGCGUGCUGCAGUGCAGUGUUCAAAGGAAUGGUUAUGCAUCAAAGGAAUGGUUAUGCAUCAAGUCUCUAACGGAUUAGCUGUGCCAUGUUAAAAUGGAAUCAUUGGCAUGGACAGGACUUUGUAAUUGGGUGGGAGAGACGUUCACGUAUAAAAACAGAGUACAGCCUCCGGUUCAGGAAUAGGGUCCUGACGUUCCACUAGUUUUCCUGAUCUAAUGGAACCAUGCUCCAAUAUGGCUAUGCCAAUGGAAUACAAAUAUGUGGAUGUGUUCAUAAAGGUGUUUAUUACAUACCUAUUCAGUCUUACUAUAGCGAUAAAGACAUUUUCAAACUGUGUGAUAAAAUUAUCUUGUAUCACACAUAUGUGCGAUCUGGACUGGAACUUGUAAAUGGAGAAUUCCCUUUUUAUUUUUACUAGUGUAAGCGCCUUUUUGUUACUGACGUCAUGUUGUAUUUGAAACAUUACACAAGAUUGCUGCAGAGUAUGAUUCUUAAUGUUAAGGAAAUACAUGAAUGGAGAAUUUAUUAAUAGAUUUAAGAAAGUGUAGUUAUGACGUUCAAUUAAAAACUGUUUUAGUAAAAAAAUAAAAGAAGGUAUGUAAUAAAUACAGAACUUCACAUACAUUGUUAUUGCUUUCUCUCUUCCUUGCACUCAUUUAUUUUGUGCAAGAAAAUACCAUUUGACUGCCACGCCGUCUCGUGGUAUAUAUUCUUACGCAAAAUAAACUUGUGCAAUAAAUAGGAAGCAAAAAUAAUGUAUGUGAAGUUCUGUAUAUUUAUACCAUCCUAACAAUUUCUCAUUUCAGACAAGUUUCUUAACAGAAAGGUAGUAGUGAUAGGCCAUUCUGAUGAAGAAUAUUCUGUGAUCUAUGAUGGAUAUAUUCCACUUAUGAGUUCAUAAUUUGAUAACAAAAACAAUGCAACAACAAAAUAUGAGUUGGAGCAUGAAAAGCUGAUGUGAACAAUGAAGCAACUUCAGACUAUGAAUUCCUUCACUUCGUCAUCAUUCAACAGCUGUCACUGCGUCAAUAAUUGUAAUUUCUCUCUGGUUUAUCCCAUUUUUAGCAAAAAUGCUCAAAACUAUAUUGUUUUUCUUUUAAAAUGACAGCAAAAUAAAUAUUACCACAGAAAAGAGCAGUUUGAGCAAUGGUUGGAGAUAAUUUUAUUUAAAUGUAUAAAAUCUGUUAUAAGUCUUAUGCAUGACUUAAAUUAAUUAUGACCAAAAUUAUACAAAUUAGAAUUGAAUAUAUUUUAUAAAAUGAAAAUAAUAAAUGUUUAACAAUA